AUGCACGACGCCGCGCCAGAUCUUCAUUACACCAUGAAGGCCGCAAGUAGGGCUGCCCCGACGGGCAGCUCGCAUGGCUACACACAAGCCUAUUCUAAUUUCGCCGCAUCUUCACAUGCACACCCACACUCUCAAUCCUCAAACUGCCACCGAUCCAACAAAGGCGGCAACUCGACGACUCCCAUGGCAUCGCCCCGCGGGCCCUACUCGGUCGGACAGCACCAUCCGCCCAAAUCAUCACCGAAUCGAGGUGCUGAUAAUCGGCCGUCAAGUCCCAACUACUUUGGCCUCGCUGUAGACUCUACGAACAGCCCCCAAGAAUCCUCGGGCCCAGGACGAAAUGCAUGGAGCCCAUCAACAUCAUCGGUGAAAUCGUUCGGCGCUGCCAUACAGACCCAGGUCCCGCUCGAGGCCAACCCCGAGUUUGAGGCUUUCAGGAAGCAGAUUGAUUCAAAUAAAGCGAACACCUUUGCGCUCGGAGACAGCCAAGGAAACGGUCCAUUGACGCCGAAUCCAAUUUUCAAAAGGCCGCGCCCGUCAAGAUGGCACACACACGCUAGCGAUAUUGGCUCCGAGAUGUCUGUUACGCGGUCGACGAGCUACGCACCCCAACCUCAGAAGAUGGAUGUCGACCACGAUACCGCCUCGCACGAUUCCGCCUACGUCUCGGCUGACUCGAAGCGCACUUCGGAUUCAUCAUCACUCUUCUUGCCUCCGACAAUAACUAGUCAACCACGUCUUGAGUCGCCCGGGCCAAUGAGCGGUUUGCAGAACCGCACUGAACUGACAAGGGCUGAAGACCGGGACCCGCGUCUCUCAUUGAUGGAACAUAAGAUGGGGCCUCCCUCACCGAGUAUGGGAGGUAAGGCAAGAGCUGCGACUCUGCCGCACAACGGGGUAGAGGGAUCUGGUCCCGCUAUGAUUGCGGGGGACGAGCUCAAAGACAUGAUGAAGAGCAUGCCCGAAGACGACCUUCUUAUCCUUGAUAUCCGAUCAGCACAGAACUACGCUGCAUCGCGUAUCAAGGGUGCUCUGAACCUUUGCAUCCCCACGACUCUGCUGAAGCGCGCCACAUUCAACAUUCAGAAACUGCAGCAGACCUUCCAGAGUGGACAUGGCUCGUCAAAGUUUGCCAACUGGCGGAAGAUGAGCGCCAUCGUGGUGUACGAUUCGCACUCAUCAGACCAAAAGGAUGCUGUUACCGCGCAAAACAUGAUCAAGAAGUUUACUAGCGAGGGCUACACGGGCAUAACUGUCAUCCUGAAAGGUGGCUUUAUGCGGUUCAAGGAGACUCACCCGAAGUUGGUGGACUCGGAAUCACAAAAGGGAGACGCAACACAGUCAAGCCGCGCCGGCGGCGGUAUAGCACCUGUCAUUGGAGGCGUCUCUCUGCCAAUGGGUACCGGCAGUACCAAUCCAUUCUUCUCCAAUAUCCGACAGAACAUGGAUUUGGCGGAUGGUGUUGGCCAAUUUCAGGUGUCACGUCCCGAGGGUCUCGAUUCAUCCCAGGUACCUCUCUGGCUUCGUCGAGCCUCGGCACAAUCCGACAAAGGUAAGAUGGUGUCAGAGAAGUUUUUGAAUAUUGAGAAGGCGGAAAAGUCACGCAUGCAGACGGCGUACGCCGCGUUCGACCCGCACACAGCUCAGCAGAAGAAGACUGUCCAGCUUUGUGGCGUGGAAAAGGGUGGCAAGAACCGCUACAAGGACAUUCUACCAUUCGAGCACGCGCGUGUCAGGCUGCAAAAGGAAUCGCAAUCUUGCGAUUACGUCAAUGCAAGUCACGUCAAAUCAUCGAUGAGCAACAAGCGGUACAUCGCGUCACAGGGCCCGUUGCCGGCAACUUUUGAGGAUUUUUGGUCCGUCGUUUGGGAUCAGGAUGUGCGCGUCAUUGUGAUGCUCACCGCUGAGUCGGAAGGCGGCCAGCUCAAGUGCCACUCAUACUGGCAAGAGCGUGCUUAUGGUUCCAUCCGGCUCAAGCCACUGUCUGAGAAGAAAGCGUCGCUUGACAUGGACAAGUAUCGCUCCGAGUCUUCCGCGUCGCCAGCUUCGGUUACCAUGGGCGACAUUAGCCGCAGGCGAGCCAACACGGUGACGUCUGUGCACGCUCCAGCAACAUCGCCUAGCACCUCCCAGGCAUCGCAGCCAGAGGCGCCCCACGUGGUGAUUCGAAAGUUUGCCCUCUCCCACACGGCCCAUCCGUUUGCGCCUAUCCGCGAGAUCACGCAGCUGCACUUUUCGUCGUGGCCCGACUUUGGGACACCGGCGCAACCGUCGCAUCUGCUGGCUCUGGUGGAGCUUGCGAAUGUCAUGCAACGAGCGGCUCUGCCCGUGGAGACGCCCUAUGUCGUGGGCAACCACAGGUCGUCGGAUCAUCUGCCCGUGUCCUGGCACGACCAGCCAGAGGCCGAUGAUAACUCGCGUCCCAUGUUGGUGCACUGCUCGGCUGGCUGUGGUCGGACAGGCACGUUCUGCACUGUGGACAGUGUCAUUGACAUGCUCAAACGCCAGCGCCUUGUGAAGGGCUCCUUGACAUCCGCGCAGGAUGCAGACGGCGACGUUGCUAUGGCUGAAGGCGACGAUGUGUCUCCGCGCACCAACAAACAAAUGACGCUUGCCCACUCUCGCACUCCAUCGUCUAGCCAGCGGAAGCCGUCGAUGGGCGCAUCCACGAUUGAGACGUCCUGGCUGAGAGAUGAGUCGGUCGACCUCAUCCAAAAGGCAGUCGAGGGUUUCCGACAGCAAAGACUGAGUAUGGUGCAGAGCUUACGACAGUACGUCCUGUGCUACGAGACAGUCUUGGAGUGGACGCAUAGGAUGAAUGACAAGGGAAUAGCCACCCCAUCUGUUGGACGAGCGCGAUCGGGCAGCAUGGCCAUUGCCCAGCCUCGCCGAUAG